UCUCCCCCAGAAGGGUUCAGCCGGCGACAGGCCAUCCAGCCCUGCAGCCGGUGUGCUGUUGGCACCAGUAGCAGCACCAGCCCUGGGCAGAGACCCCCCUUCCUCCCUGGUUGUCUGAGCUGCGGACCACAGAGCCAGGGCCUUCUGCCCAUUCAGUUCCCUGCUGGCUGGUGCACAGCCUAGAUGAAAGGACUGAGUGAGAUGUACAGCUGCUGCUCAGCAUGUCUUGGCUGCUCCAGCUCUGCACGCUCUGACCAUGAGCAGCAAUUCCUCCCUCAUCAGUGUGAAGGGCCUGAGGAACCUCACCACACAGGAAAACGGGGCUGUCAGAGUCACCGAGUCAAUUGCUAUAAUUGUCAUUGCCAUUUUCAUCUGUUUGGGCAACCUGGUGAUUGUUGUCACCCUCUACCGGAAGUCUUACCUUCUCACAUUGAGCAACAAGUUCGUGUUCAGCCUGACCCUCUCCAACUUUCUUCUCUCUGUACUGGUACUACCUUUUGUUGUCACCAGCUCCAUCAGGAGAGAAUGGAUCUUUGGAGUUGUUUGGUGCAACUUCUCAGCACUGCUCUACAUGCUGAUUAGCUCAGCCAGCAUGCUCACUCUUGGACUCAUAGCAAUAGACCGGUACUAUGCUGUCCUGUAUCCAAUGGUUUACCCAAUGAAGAUUACAGGCAACAGAGCAGUGGUAGCUCUUGUCUAUGUGUGGCUACAUUCCCUUAUUGGCUGUCUCCCUCCCCUCUUUGGCUGGUCGUCUUUGGAAUUUGACCAGUUCAAAUGGAUGUGUGUGGCAGCCUGGCAUAAAGAGGCUGGCUACACUGCCUUUUGGCAAAUCUGGUGUGCGUUGCUGCCUUUCUUGGUCAUGAUGAUCUGCUAUGGAUUCAUAUUCCGUGUGGCUAGGAUUAAAGCUCGCAAAAUCCACUGUGGUAGUGUGGUUAUUGUGGAAGAAGACUCUCAGAGGAAUGGGAGGAAGAACUCCAGCACCUCCACGUCCUCUUCAGGCAGCCGAAGGAAUGCAUUCCAAGGAGUUGUCUACUCUGCCAACCAGUGCAAAGCUUUCAUAACCAUCUUGGUUGUCAUCGGUGCUUUUGUGAUUACAUGGGGGCCUUACAUGGUAGUAAUUACAUCAGAGGCACUUUGGGGGAAAAAUAGUAUUUCCCCUGCCUGGGAGACAUUAGCUACAUGGUUGUCCUUUUCCAGUGCCAUUUGCCAUCCACUGAUUUAUGGACUGUGGAACAAAACAGUGCGCAAAGAACUACUAGGAAUGUGCUUUGGGGAUCGGUAUUACCGCGAGUCCUUUGUUCAGCGGCAUAGGACAUCAAGGCUCUUCAGCAUUUCCAAUAGGAUCACAGAUUUGGGACUAUCUCCCCAUCUCACUGCCCUCAUGGCAGGGGGGCGGCCAUUAGGAAACAGCAGCAGCACAGGAGACACAGGCUUCAGCUACUCGCAGGAUUCAGGAACAGAUGCAAUGCUUCUAGAAGAUUAUAGCUCAGAUGGUCCUCAUGCCCCACACUGCAUCUGUCCUCCUCGAAGGAGGAGUUCCGUGACCUUUGAAGAUGAAGUCGAACAAAUUAAAGGUGGGUUUAGGGAAGUUGCAAAGAAUUCUGUUCUUCAUGUAAAAGCAGAGGUCCAUAAAUCUCUGGACAGUUAUGCAUCCAGUUUAGCAAAAGCUAUUGAAGCGGAUGUGAAAAUCAGUUUAUUCGGGGAGGAGGCUUUACCAGGAGCUCUGUUCCCUGUGCGGACUCUGCCAGGAAGCAAUAUGAACACACGGCGUACUACCAGACCCCAUGUUAGCCAAAGACUUCAGCUGCAAAGCAUUGAUGAAGGGAAUAUUUGACAGGAGCAGUAGAAUAAAAAAAAAAAAGAAGAAACCACUAAGCAUGACUUAAUACAGCUGUUACUGUUUUAACAGGAAUGGGAUACCUUGCUGGGAUGUUUUUAGUGUUUUGUCAAGAACACUUGAAAGCCAGCUGAAUUGUGAGAUAUACUUGCAUCAGAAUUUUACAGCAGUA